AUGACAAUCCUGCUGGACGACCUCCUCAACAUGGAGGCCGAGGAGAUCUGGAAGCUCAAUGAGCGGCCGGACGCCGAUGGCCUGCGUGACAAGGCGCAGACCUACUACGAGGACGUGAACGAGGGCGAUGAGUUGCCCAAGUACAUCUACAAGCCCACGCCGACCCACCUCUUCCGGUGGAGCGCGGCCAUCGAGAACUUCCACCGGAUCCAUUACGAUUUGGACUUUGGCCUGAACCACGACCGCAACCCCAGCAUCCUGGUGCACGGCUCGUGGAAGCAGAGCGUGGUGCCCCAGUACCUCAAGGACUGGACGCUGCCCAACGGCUGGCCGUGGAAGGCGCGCUUCGAGCACCGGGCGAUGCUGGUCCCAGGCGACGUGCUGAUCAUGUGGGGCCGGGUCACCAGCAAGUACGAAAAGGAUCAGAUGGGCUUUAUCGAGCUGGAAGUUGGCAUGAAGACCCAUGAUGGCAUCGAAAGCAUGCCCGGCACGGCGACGGUGGUUCUGCCCCUGCGGGACGGCCCGCCGAUCCCGUACCCCUUCGUACCGCCCGCCCAAGAUUGA